AUGAAUCCAGCAGCCGCGCGAUCUCGCGACGCCUUCGGCCGUUUCCGAGUGGCCGGAGGUUCCCCGGGCUCCAGUUCGCUCUCCGAAGCCAAAGAGGCGGUGAUGGGGGUGCAGCUGGUGGUCUCCUUGCUCGUGGCCAGCAUCAUGCAAAAGAUGGCGCCGCACUUCUCCUUCGCACGGUGGAUCCUUUGCAGCGGAAGGUUGCUUCGCUACAGGCACCCAUCUGAAGAAGAACUAUUUGCCUUGGCAGGCAAGCAGAAGCCGAAGGCCAGGCGGGAACGGAGGCUCAACGGUGUGACAGAUGACAAGCCAUCGUCUGUGCCCCGAGAUAUUGAUUUGCAACUUGAGAGCAGCCCCAUCACAACGGUGGACGCCCUAGUCCUGCGCUAUUUCCUGGAGUAUCAGUGGUACGUGGAUUUUGCCAUGUAUUCCACCUUCGUGUACCUCUUCACUGAGGGUUACUACUGUCUGGUGGAUCCCCGGAAGGAAGCCAACAUCGGCAUACUCUGGUGUUUGCUUACGGUCUUCUUCUCCAUAAAAAUCUUUUUCAUGGUGAUGCGCCACUAUUUCAAAUCCGAGGAGGGGGGCGAGCGCUCUGUUUGCCUGUCCUUCGCCUUCUUCUUCCUCCUGAUCGCCAUGGUGGUCCUCAUAAUCCGGGAAGAUUACUUGGAGUUCGGCCUUGACGCAGGACUGACCAACGUUUACGACAACCUGGAGGUGUUCUUAAGGGAGCAGGCGUGGGAGUGGACGAUCCCCGUGACCAAGCUGGGGAUCAAGCUGGGCUUGGUGGCCGUCUGCUCCUUCAUUGGUGCCUGCCUGACGUUCCCAGGGCUGCGGCUGGCUCAGACUCACCUGGAUGCUCUCAAGCUGGCGGCCGACCGACCCCUGAUCCAGCUCCUGCUUCAAACCAGUUUCCUCGCACCUGUGAUCAUCGUACUCCUGUGGGUCAAACCGAUUUCCCGGGAUCUCCUCCUGCGUGCCCCGCUGGGCAAGGAAACAGUCCAAAUAAUGUCGGACGCGGCCUACAACUCCUUCCGUCUCUGGGCCGUUGUGGUGCUCUGCCUCCUCCGCCUUGCCAUGAUCCACCUCCACCUCCAGGCUUACUUGAAUCUCGCCCCACGCUGGGUGGAGCAGAUGAAGCGGGAAGCCGGCCGGAUCAGUGUGUUGGAGAUCCAGAGAAGGAUCACCCGAAUCUACUGCUACGUAUCGGUGGUCAGUCUGCAAUACCUGGGCCCCAUCAUUCUAACGCUGCACUGUACGCUGCUUCUCAAAACUCUUGGAGAAUAUUCCUGGGGAAUUUAUCCUGAGCCCGGGCCGAUGACCCCAGUUGUGGAUGCCGCCCCCGUUAUCCGAGCCGCCCCCUUGUCUGACGCCGGCGGGGAGGACAUCCAGGCCACCGUGGAGCAGAUCACAGGGGCGCUGGGCGCGUUGGGCUCCGUCUUCAGCCCUCUCUUCUACCGCGGGCUCUUCUCCUUCCUCACCUGGUGGGUAGCGGCCUGCCAGAUCGUCGCCAGCCUCUUCGGCCUCUAUUUCCAUCAGUACCUGGCUGCCUCCUAACUAGGCC